GCACCAAACAUAUCAUCAACGGACUCUCACUGCCGUCAGGUGAAUACAACACUUCAAGCAAGACAUCCCGCCACCUGCGAAGUAGGGGAGUUGGCGCACCGACCUCAUUGGAAGCUCCAACUACCACAAUCUUCAACCUCAUUCAAGCACCCCAAUACCAUCACCGACCUCACUCUCCACCAUGGAAGCCCAAACCAACGGCGUCGCCACGCCCUCCGUGCCAACGCAAGCUGCUCGCAGCCUCCCCACGCCACCACCUCUCCCACUCCCGUCGCAUCCAACGGUCUCUACCCAGAUCCCCGGCUACGACAAGCGCCCUCGCGACGCGCGCCUCAUUCACCUCCUCCUCACAUCGCUCGGCAUCUCUGCCUACCAGGAGCGCGUGCCACUCCAGCUCCUCGACUUUGCCUACCGCCAUACCUCGGCUAUCCUGGCCGAUGCCCUCCACCUCUCCUCCGACGCGUACAUCUCCCAGCAGAAUCGCGCGCGCGACCCUCCCGCCGGCAGCAACCUGCGCGACGCCGAUGGCCAGGUCAGCAUGGGCGCCGUGCAGCUCGCGAUUCAGAGUCGCCUACAAUACCAACUCAGCUCGGGGGGGACAAGUAAGGAAUUCUUGAUGGAGGUCGCGGAGGCGAGGAAUAAGAUUCGGCUGCCAGCUGUGGGACAGACAGAGUGGGGUGUCAGGUUGCCCAAUGAGAAGUUUGUGUUGACGGGCGUGCCGUGGGGUGUCAAGGAGGUGUGGGAGAAGGAUGACAGUGAGGAUGAGGAGGCGAAUGAAACGGAAGAUGUGAAGAUGGAGGAUGGAGGUGAGGAUGAGGAGGUGUUUGGGGAGGAUGUGGAGGGUGGCACGUUUGAUGAUGUCUUUGGUUCUACCGAGGAUCAGGAGAUGGGUGAGGGCGCAUAGAUUGGGAGAUGGUGGCGUUUGGGCAUUGAUGGCGUUACGGGGUGCAGGGGUGAAUACCAAAGAUGGCAAUAGUCUUGCUGGGAGUAGGAUGUCUGGUGGAUAAAAUUCCAAAGAUAGGAAUCGUCCUGCUGGGACUAGGAUGUCCCGUGGAUAAUACAACAAGAACAUCAAAGCAUUUAAUUGUCUAACCUCAAGAAUAUGCGUCUACCCAUGACAUAGCACACAGUGAUGGCACAUCUCAUUUCCCAAUCAUAGAUCCUGCUCAUUUACAAGCACCAUCUCUACCCAAUUCUUCUAAUCUCGCUCUCCGCCAAUUCAAACACCUUACUCAGUAUUCAACCUCCACAACCCAUCUCCCAAGAAAUGCGCCUCCUCCACCACCGG